AUGUCUGUUUCAGAAACAUCAAGCAUAGAACUCUUGGAGCUACCCCAGGAGCUCUUGAGCCACAUUCUGGCCCAUCUCGAUGCACUCACUGUUACUCGGUUCAAACAAACCUGCAAAACAGCCGACAAACUGACCAGUGCGCAGAAUCAACUUUUAUGGAAGGCCGUAUUCUUGCAGGUCUUUGAUGACCCGUCCGAUGCUUGGGCGAUGAUGCCAAACCAAGACCGGACGAAAGAAGGACAGAAUUGGGAUUGGUUUCGAGAAUUGAGACGAAGACUCGUAGCUCUCAAUGCGCUGCGAUCCCGGAAAACCCCUCUUCCAGAGGACCAGGCAUGUUCCGAAGAAUUCAUCGACACCAUACUCAGCAUUCUCGACACCGCUAAAUUCACUCCAAACACCCGUGAUAUCAGACAAGGCAUUUCACCAUCACUCGAUGACAGAACGCUGUCUCGCAAUCUGAAAAUCCUCGCCGAUUAUGAUCGAUAUCGUGCGGGGAUAGAGAUUCUAAUUCACGACUCAGGCAGGAGUCCAAAAUCGAGGAUCACACGCUCGAUGGUCGUGGCUGAUGAGGAACACAACCGUCCAGAAUCUGCAUCUCGGUUACACGUUCUCAAUGGCAUCACCAUCAGAGAACGCAUCGAGCACCGGGCUCGGGGAAUUGCCCGACGCAAAGUCUACAACUGGCAUCUCACCGGACCAGACAACGAUUAUGGUCCCUUCAAGCGAGACGGCACCGGUCGAGUCGACUGGUCUUUGCUCGAAGGUGUCUGCUCUGUCAUCGGACGCAACUUUGAAUUCUGCGUCGAAAGUCAGUUGAGCCUACCUUCAGGAUUUGCCUACUCCAUUCCGCACCGCACUCUAGCAGAUCCCACCGUGCCGGAAGACUGGGCUCGCGUUACAGGGUCAUGGUUGGGCACGUAUUCAUUCCUCGAUUACGCCGACCUCUUCGCAUUUAAUGCUGCAAACUUUCCCGAGAGCGAACGCCCAACGUUGGACCGCGAACACGAGGCGUGCGGCGAUCUAAUGAGACUUUCACUCAAGAUUGACCAGUCUAUAUCUUCCGACCCAGUGCUCAAGACGAGUCUCCCUUUCUCCACUGACCUUCCUCCCCUAUACUUCUCGGGCAUCUCUCGAGCGAGUGCGGGACUAGAACGUCCCUCAAUUGGCUUCCGCGGCUGUGCAUUCCUGAUGCCAGGGGGACGAGAAGUUCGAUGGCGGUACAUCAUCAGUUACGCUGGUCAAGAUCAAUGGCAGUUGGAAGGCAUCCAGCCCGGUGGCGUCAGAUCAGGAGGCGUGUUCGGCCUGUGGUCGCAGUGCGAUCACGAGGAACAUGGUCCUGUCGGCCCGUUCUGUUACUUUCCGGCAGAACUCUGCAAGCCGACGACCUUGGUUCUCGUUUCCUAG